AUGUCGUUCCGAGCUACACGCACCCUCUUCAACGAGGCCAAGAACUACGCCUCCUCACACAGCUUCACCUACGUCGAGGGCAAGACCCCCUUCUGGCGCAAAUUUCGACAGAUCUUCUCUGCCAACCCAGAGAUCUCUUCCGGUAUCCCAUCGAUCGAGUCGAACCGAUGGCCUCAACCUGGUUCUCGCCCUGAACUACCCUCUACACCCCCAAGCGCUGCUUCCGACCCUGCUGGCAAUCUGUACCACAACCGUGACUUCCGACGAAAGUACCCCAAGCUCGAAAUGAUUACUCAAAAGGACCUCACCAUCCUUCUUCUCUCGUCUCCCAACGAGGAUGGCACCCGCAGCCUCCAAGCUGAGGACUCUUCCAACACCACCGCAUUGACUCGGCCAGCUGACCUCGAGUCACCCACCGCCUUCACCGAUGUUCUCGCUCAGGUGCACAAGUCCUCCGAGGCUGCACCUGCUGGCUUCUACUCGUCUGCCAACCUUCCACCGCGUCCUCCUUUCAAACAGCCUCACCACAUUCUCAAGCUGCAGAAGGGUGCCGUACCUCACGACCCUCACGCCUACUACCCAGCUGAGAACUACGCAUAA